AUGGCAGCUCCACCGGAUACGCCCCCCUUAUUGAAGGGCGACGAGAAGUCCUCGGAUGCUGAGACCCCACGGCACGAGGCAGAAAGCAAUCAGCUACCUCUGCAACCUGACAAUCAAGGGCUUGAUUUGAAACCGACCUCAACCCGAAGGUCUCGCCUGCCUGCGCCCAUGCUGGAGCAAACAAAGUCUUAUGCAGACGGACAUGGUUUUUUUUGUCAUGUACAUAGUAAAGAUCUAGAGGCACAGAGAAAGACCAACAAGGACGAUAGUGCAAGUUCGAAAGAUGGGGAGGCUACCGGAGACGAGAAGUCUAGCUUUGAGGUUCGGUGGGAUGGUCCAAUGGAUCCUAAUUAUCCGAAAAAUAUGAGCAGGACCAGGAAGUGGGUUGUGGUGUAUAUUGUCAGUGCGGCCAGCACGUGUGGUAGUGUGGGCGAUCCGGCUGACAAUUUCAGGGAGUGGACUUUCUAUGUCUUAAUCAUCUGGUCUGCAAUCAUGCUGGCUCUGAUCGUCUCCUUCGUUCCUGAAACAUAUCCCCCUGUACUCCUUCGCGAGAAAGCAAUCCAAUUGCGAAAGGCCAGUGGAGAUGAGAGAUGGAAAGCACCAAUUGAAGUGAUGGAGAGGUCGAUCACACAGACUGUGAUCACCUCUUGCUAUCGACCGUUCUUACUCUUGGUUUUCGAGCCAAUGUGUUUGAAUCUCUGUCUGUUUUCUGCCAUAUUACUGGGCGUUCUCUACCUGUUCUUCGGUGCAUUCGAAGUGGUGUUCAAGGAGAACCACAAUUUUGAGCUGUGGCAAAUUGGAUUGACGUUCACUGGAUUGCUAUUUGGGCAGCUGAUUGCCAUCGGCACAGAUCCGCUUUGGCACAGGAAUUACAUAAGGCUAAUGAAGAAUCGAGAGAAGAACGGCGGAGAACCUGGAGGCUCAGAGCCCGAGUACCGACUGCCGCCUGCCAUACUCGGAGGGGUUAUCGUUCCGAUUGGGCUAUUCUGGUUCGCAUGGACCACUUACAGUUCUGUGCAUGUGAGUAUACAUCUCAACCCUCUCGCGAGCUUUACUGCUACAUGA